AGGUAUAGAUUGCACAAAUGCAUCCAUUCAUGAAGCACAACAAUAAAAAGCGUUUGAAUUUUGCACCAGUUCCGAGGGACAAUUUACCAAGGAGUUUGUCCCAUCGCCCGAAGUGGUACCAUUUUUCAACGAGGAAAAUACGGCACCGGGCAGUGCAACUACUGGCACGGUUGAUGCAUCCUAUCCUACCGGACUUUCCGACGGUGACUCACGGUGGUAUGCCGGUGGUAUGGGACUAUCGUCGAGCGGGUACACUAAAACCCCAUCCGCGAGCGUUUCCUCGGAGGAGUCCGGAAAAUGGGAUCACAAAUACACCUGGACGACACCGACGGUACGGCACCAGCACCAGCAAGUGCAGAUAAAAUUCCCACAGGAAACUGCACCACAGUUCCCAUCGCCCAAGGGUAAGUGGAAAUGGAUUCCGGAAGAGGAGAAUGAAUCCAGCGAAGGCACCAAGAACCAACGUCCAAAGGGGGGUGAAACGCCAUUUUCUUCGACGGGAUCAUUUGAGGUACAGCAUUAUGGACGUCAUCCGACGUACGUUUUUCCGACACCGUCCAAGAAUCAUCCUUACUCGUUCGAUCGCACUCCGGCAGAGGGCGCUUUUAGCGUUGAUCCAGUGACAGUAAGCAAUAGUAGUGGCGUUAGUAGUAGCAGUAGUAGUGGCGUUAGUACAGAAAGCACCGAAACAAACAAUGGAAUUGGUGGUCUAACGGACAUAAAGCUGAUCGGCAAAGAGGAUGCUCAUCUGAAAAGCUUUUCACCGUGGAAGAAAAUCAUUCACGUUCUGAGUGCAGCCAUUCCGAUCGGGUUGCUAAUAUCGGCACUCACGCCACAGGUCGUUUACAUCAACCCGAACGCUACGCAGUAAGUACUACGCUACGCUUUAAACCUUGUUUUGCAUUGAAUGCCGAU